AUGGAGGAAUUUUCACUUAUUAGCUUCUUGAGAAGAAGCCCAUCCCUUGUGAAGGUUGUAUUCCCCCGUGAGUCAGAUAAGGUCAUCCUUGCAGAAGAAGUUAAAGAGUUGAUGACCUUUGAAGACAGAAGGGACAGUGAGCAGAAUGAAAGAACUGCACGGUUUUAUGAAUUCUAUAUUGAUGAACUGGAAGCAGGAGUGAAAGGUUAGAUAGAUAUCAAAACAAUCUAUCAGAUAAUGUACUUUUACUACACGCAUCUCAACAUUAUCCUGAGACACAAAUACUUGCUUUUCUUCAAUUUGCUAUAACUAAGUACCGUUGCAAAAUUUAUUGCUUAGUACAGUAAUGAAUCCAAUUUUGAAAUUUAUUUGUUUCGUAGUUUUUCAGUUAUUAUAUGUUUCAGUUGGUUUUUAAAAUGAAAUAUACAAAAACCCGGCUGUAUUAAAUUACAUCUAUGCCAAACCCAAUCCAUUCCCCCUUAGCCCAUCUCAAACUUCAAACUGAAAAUAAGAAAUCCUUAGCAAAUGAACUUUCCCUCUUACUUUUCUUCAAGGUGGACCUCAGAUGGUGGAUCUGGUAAACUUUUGGACUGGUGCAAGUACACUCCCAACUGGAAAUGAUUCACUACUAGCUAAAUUUGAUGCUGGGUCAAGCACCUUGCCCCUAGCUGAAACUUGUUUCAGAACUAUUGUACUUCCAACAGAGCACUCAACUUACGAUGAAUUUAGAAAAAACAUGGACAUAGCUUUAAAGUUUGGAUCAAAAGGAUUCAGUUUUACAUGA